ACUCCGGAAAGUCCGGGGAACCAUUGGACCACUGGACGUUGAAUCGUCAGACUCGGUAUAAAACUCGUUUAACUCGUGCUUAAGCGGGUAACCUGUGAUUCUGGAAAGAGGACAGCCAACGCUGGUCAUUCUCGGCAAUUCGACUACGUUGUUCACAUACAAUGACGGGUCUUGAAGUCGCCACCAAAGUUUCAACUAAGCCAACUGGCGAGUUUCGAUCAUGUCUUCCCGAUCUCAACCAGCCUAGGUUCAUAGCUGCUCGACAAAAUGAUGCAUAUGCGCACGCGAACGAUCUUCUCGUUCACCAGAACCCACCUUGGUUGUUCAACUUGUACACGCAUUGGAGGGAUCUGUUGCAGGAGCCGUAUAAGGGCGUGACGAACGACGGACGUGUAAGGGAUGGUUUGUUCACCUUGCAGGAUGAGGAGGUCCCAAUCGAGCGGAUUGUGCGAGCGGUGAAAGAUUUGAAGACCUUGCUAAGUCGAGAGCAAGUUGAAAAGAUAUCAUUCCACAUCGACUCGCACGAAUGGCGAACAUGGUCCAAUCCCGAGUUUUAUCUCAGCCAGAAAGGACUUCGAAUGGACGAGGUCGACGUUCACAUUCGAGACGCGAUUCUUGCCAUCCUGAAAGCCACGCUCUCGCCAGAAGGAUAUCACAAGGCUGUCUCUGCCAUGCGAAUCAAUCAUUUCCUGGGAGAGCUGGUGCAGGCCCGCAAGAUUAUGAAUGAAUAUUCAUACAAUUUUGUACUCUUUGGUCGCCCUUCGACCACACGGCCUUGGGGCUACCAGUUCUACGGUCACCACUUAUGUUUGAAUAUCUUUUUCUACCAACGCCAGAUAGUCAUCUCGCCUUGGUUUACUGGCGCCGAACCAAACGAGAUCGACGACGGUCCGUAUGCGGGGACCACGAUUCUGCGAAACGAAGAAGCCUUCGGGCUGCAGCUCAUGCAAUCCUUGUCGCCCGAGCUUCAGCAAAAGGCUCAGAUAUACAAACUGAUGCACGAUCCUGCCAUGCCACCGGGAAGGUGGAACAGGGACGACCAGCGUCACCUGUGUGGCGCGUAUCGUGACAACAGAGUCGUGCCCUAUGAAGGCAUCACCAUGGCUGACAUGACAGCCGAGCAGAAGAAACUGGUCGAAAAUAUCCUCAACGAGUACCUGCUGUAUCUGCCGAACAAGGCCAGGGAAUUGCGCCUGAGGCAUAUUCUGUCUUUCGAGAGCGAGACCUACUUCUCGUGGAUCGGGGGCUACGGCGAUAGCGAUCCGUUCUACUACCGGAUCCAAAACCCAGUGAUUGUCGUCGAGUUCGACCAUCACUCGGGUGUUUUCCUGAACAACACGGAGCCGAAAAAGUUUCACAUUCAUACCUGCUUGCGGACGCCGAAUGCGGGCGACUACGGGAUGGCGCUUCGGCCGUUGAUCCCAUCUGUAGAGUAGACCAAAAUCUACCCCCUUUUCAUGUUGGCGCGUUGUGUUUGGGUAUUCUCGGCGUUGAAUCUCCAGCUGUAUGCCGCGAGCACAUUUCGAAAACCGUACUUUACUGCCGACGGAACAUCCGCUAGUGGACAGGUUGUUCGAGUCUUUGUUACUAUUAUUAAAAGGAAUAUUUGAGUUUGGACAUAGCCAGUAAUAUUGUAGGAGCCACGCAGAAGUUUGAUAGCAUACACGCAUUUGAGCCCGG